AUGUCCAUCAGUUGACUCACUUUGAAGACCACUCCCAGGUUAUCUCCCACCCUUACUCGCUUUGUACUAUAAAGGCACCCAUGAUUAAAAAAGAAAGAACACAGGCAAGAAGAAAGACCCAUCCUGCCAUUUUGGACAUUAUUUCUGAAAAGCAAGUUGGACAUUAAGGCUAUACCAUGACAUCUGUCAUUGUGGUUAUUGCAACAAUUAUGGGAUGUGUCAUCUUUACUGUGGACGUCACAAAUGGUGCUUCAGUACGAAUGUCCUGUCCACCUGGCUGGUUCUUUUAUAGAUCCCAUUGCUAUGCUGUGAGUAAGAACCCUGCUUCUUGGGCUGAUGCAGAGUAUGACUGUGUCAGUUAUGGGCACGGGGCGCACUUGGCUUCUAUCAUGGAUGAUUCAGAAGCUGCGAUCAUUGCGAGUCAUGUUUCAGCCAAUCAAGAUGCAGAAGGCGUAUGGAUUGGACUUCAUGAUCCUGAGAAGAAUGGUCGCUGGAAGUGGACAGAUGGUUCUAUGUUCAAUUACGCUGCCUGGAAAACGGGCGUGCCAGACAAUGCCAAAGGAAAAGAGUUCUGUGUUGUUCUUGUUACUGGUUCCAAGUAUAAGAAAUGGAAUGAUGUUGGAUGCGGUCCAGUUCGUAACUAUGUCUGUAAAUUCAAGCCCUGAUUCUCCUCCACAAUUUUCUUCUUACACAAAGUUUUAUCGUUCACUUGCAGUAAACUAAAUUUAUAAUAUAUAUAUAUAAAAUCACAUAUGCCUGUGUAAUCACUACUUUCCAAGCCUGUGUAUUUUUGUAGUAGGUGAUCAUUGAGGGAUUUAGGAAGGAUAUCCACAGCUUUUUAAAAAAUAAAGAGCUAGAUAGAAGAUAGAUUGAAGAGGUGGGAGUUUUAAUAAAUGUAGAUAGAAGAGGAUGGAGUUAGGUUGAAGGAUGAAUGACGAGAAAGGAGGUAUAUAGAAGAUAGAUUGAAGAGGAGGGAGGUAUAUAGAAGAUAGAUUGAA